AUUCCAAUGGCGUUCCGACGAACAUAUAUGCAUGGGAUAUGAGCUGAAAGAUUUAGAUUUUUGGAUCUUCAAUCCUGUUCUCUUGUGAUACUCCCCAUCAAUCAUCUGUUCAAGGUUGAAUUUUUUCAGCUUGGACUGGUUGAUUGAAGAAAUAUGAUCCUGAGUUCUCCUUCAAAAUUUGUUUCUAUGUGAGGAAAUCAGAAGAAAAAGGAAAAGAUUCAAUGAAGGCGAUUCAAGAAUCUGACAUGAUCAGAUUCAGAAACAGCAGAAGAGGAAGGCUUCUUCUGGGGUGACACAUCCAUGGGGUUUUAUAAGUUACUGCAGAUAACAUGUUUGAUUGAUACCAUUAUUAUUAUUGAUGUCUGCCUGUUCUCACUGCCUUUCCUGGCUGAAUCUGCAAACACCUGCGACCCCAGAUCCGUUGAUGAAUUUGUUCUUGACAAUGUAAACGAAGAAAUCGCAUAUCCUCAUACAGGUACAUUGUACAAUGUCAGCCUUCCUGCUAAUUUCUCGGGAAUCCAAGUUUCAAUAGUUAGGAUCAGAACUUCUACUUUCUGGGCAAGAGGGUUGAAUUGUAGCUUCGUCCAUUUCCCACCCAGAAUCAUACCAGAACCCAAUGAGAAAAGAAUGGCUAUGAUAUAUUCAAGCUUUGGAAACUUGUCUUCCCAAUACUUCAAUGUCCCUAACCAUACGAUACUUCCUCCUGUUCUUGGUUUCAUGGCCCAUGUUUCCUCAAACAGAACCUUAAUCGACCCUAAGAAGAAGAAGAAGAUGCACCUUAGCAUCCUAGGAGAUCCAAUAGCUCUUAGAUUUCCCCAUCAGAUUAAUCCAAAAGGGGGUAAAAGUUAUGACAGACUGAUUUGUGCUAAGUUUGAUGAAAAGGGAUUCACAGAGUUUAGCAAUAUGAGUGGAUCAUAUGAGUGUGAAGCACCAAGCCAAGGGCACUAUGCCCUUGUGGUCCCAAUGGAAACGAAAUCUAAUGUUGUGAGGGGAAAUAGGAUAUGGUGGAAAGUAGGGUUAGGGUUGGGAAUUGUGGGGAUGACGGUUGUGGGACUGUGUUUUGUGGGUAUUGCUAGGUUAGUGAAGAUGAGGAAGAUAAGAAGAAUGGAGGAGAAUUCUCAAAGAUGUGAGCCUUUUGAUACAUUCUGGAUUGGUGAGAGUAAAAUGCCAGUUGCUUCUGUGACAAGAACUCGGCCCGUUCUUGAGAAUGACUAUGCUCCUGCUCAAUGUCUAGUGAUCUUAGAAUUUCCCAAUUGAUUUCUUCUUUCCAUAUAUAUUGGAUAAAGAGUAUGUUUGUUUCCCUUUCUGGACUUGAAAGAAUCAAAACAAAGAUUGUUCAUAUAACAAAGGACGUGAAGUAACUAGCCUGCAUUGUGUAUGUGUACGGUAUCCUACUUUGAUUGAAUGUAAUUGACUUGACUAUACAGUUUUUACGUGACAACA